AUGAUUCCACACUCUUCUCUCAACAGCGACAGUCCCCUUGCAUUGCAGCUGCUUAUUUUUGAUAACCUAUUUUACCUCGAUUCCCAAAAUAGAAUUCAAAUCAACAGAAAAACCUCGUUGCUUUUAUGUUUUAUUUUUCCGGAAACUUUCAUCAACUCAAUUUCACUCAUCGAAAACCAAUCCAUAUAUGUAUUGUUCUACAGUUCAUGUUUUGAAAACUAUUUUAGAAGAAAAAAUACAGCUGCAAUUAAACGGUGCUUGCAAAUAAUUGAUAGCAACAUUAAACAAGACAAAUUUGUUGAUAUUCGCAAAAACUUUGAAAAGACUUGGGAACCAAGCCAUUCUCAUACUCACAACAGGUCCUUCAGGCAAAAUUACAUUGUUUUAGGUAAAGGGCAUCGGUUAUAUCUAACUCAAAGCGACAUUGACUUGAUCAGACUUGGAUUUAAAAGGUAUUUGAAUGCUGUAAUAAAUUUCAACUACUUAGCUGAUGGAAAAUUAGUCUUGAACAAAACCUUAGGCUACAUCAAUCAGACACAUAAUUACACAAAUCUAGUUUCAAUUUUAAAUUCAAAUUUUUUAUUCAACUCCAAUACCUACUAUAAAAAUUCAACGUUUUUGAAAAGUUCUCUUUUCCAUUCUAAAAGACACUAUUUUGACACCGAUUAUAAAAAAAAUUCUUUUAACUCAAUAAUUAUUUUUGAUGAAUUUAACUUGCUAAAAAACUCAAAAACUCAUCAUAACAAGAAAGCCCAAGCAUACAUAUCCCUUAUAAAAAACAAUAACCCAAAGUUUUCCAAUUUUAAAAUGUCCAAAACUAAUUAUGCAAACUGGUAUUGUUCAUGUGAGAAAUUUAGCAAGAAAAGUGCCUCUUAUUUUCCUUUCAACAAACGAAUCUGCAAACAUUUAUUAUCAAUUUUCAUAUACGAAAGAAACAAAAAAGUACUUGACUCACGCAUCAAAUUUAUACCCAUUGGACUGGAAACAUACCUUGCUCUUUUAUUGGAAUCAUCCAAUUUACUUUUAUAG